UAAUGGGGACUUCAUUUUCCGCCUUGGAUAAGCAUGGAGGUUGUUACAACUUCGGUGUGAAUUUGGGUUCGAAAACGCCUUCGAGAAGAAAUCCCAACCAGUGGUUUUCCUCCACGGUCUUGCCGACCUCUGUCCAAUCCGCGUGCAACACUUGUCGCAUCCUUGCAACUGGUGUGGCUUCUUCAGGUUGUGGCAGGGGGCUUCAGCCGGCUGAUCCCAUCUGUUCAGGUCCAAACUGCCCUUGUGGCGUUUCCUCAUGGCUCCAUACUGAUCCCCUAUUACCAUCGGGGAAUUCCAACCAGGGUCAACAAACUAUAUCAAGUCUACAUUCUACUUCACAAACUGGAACCGCUCUAGAAGACACAGUGAUCGUUCGGGAACCCGCUUUAAGAUCAUUUGAUGACGUUGACCAGUCUCGUCUGGGCGAAAAUCGGAAAAACACCACAGCGGACUCCGGUACGGUGCCUGUACGGAAGCAACGGACAAUACAGAAUCGAAAACUUACACACUACUUGUAUCGAAAAACAGACGCCAAAGAGGCCACUUGGGUUUAUGUUUCUCACUUCAGCUCCUUACUUCAGUUGUGGUCGUUUGAUGAACUAUAUCAACUUCAAAAUCAGUUUGAAGCCUUGGAAUUACUGAAGGGUAUAACCGUGGCAGCAAAUGAAGCGCGACCCAAAGCACCCACUCUGGAUGAAGAUUUGCGAGCUCUCUGCUCAUCCGGUUGGUGUAAUAAUAUGCAAGUUUCCUACGGCCAUGUUGUGCGCGGCGCACAUUCCUACAUAUUGGCGGCCCGUUCCCACGUCUUCUCCAAGGUGCUGCACGCUGUUUAUCGUUCACUGUUUAACAAAUCCAGAAACACAUCACUACUGCCUGUAAUGAGCAUAUUGGUCCCCAACUUGGACGACGAGGGCUAUUUAUGGGAUACAAGUCAUUCCAACGCAACUCCGGAUCCUUUCCGCAAUUCCCCAGACGUAUUACGGUCGAUAUCGAUAGACUCAUGCCAACAAUGCGUUCGUUGCCAGGAGCCGCGAUUACGAGGAGGCUCCUCAUUUUCAACCCACUCCUCUGUAGAACCUCAAUUGGGGCAGCGUAGUCGUCGAGAUCACAAACCAUCUCAAUCAGUGGUGUUUGAACAUGCAGUCUUUGACUUCCUUAUAGACCUUUACGCUGGUCAUAACAGGAAUUCGUUCAAUCUAUUUUUAGAAGAACCGAUUCACCGCCAUUACUCACCUACAAAGCCUAAACCGGACCUGCUCUGCCUGCCAGAAGCUCCUGCUCGACUACAUUCUUCCAAUGGUUGUAAUGACUUGCUGUGUUUGUAUCGAGUGAUCGAUUCCACGCACCCAGAUAGUCCUCUAGCACCAGACUGCAGACUCACUUUUUCUUGUGAGCACUCUCCUCCCUGUUACGAGAUGCUUCAUGUGAAAUGUCACGCUGGUUUGUUGGCGGCUCGUUCACAAUUUUUGCGUCGACUAUUGCUGCGUCGUUAUGUGGCCCAAGUAGGUGAAGGUGGUAAUCUUACUUCGGUGGUUUUUGAUGGUCGACUGAUAAAGCCCUAUUUCGCUCAUCUCUUGGUCCAGUUUUUCUACUCAGAUCGGCUUGAUCUCAACGCCAUUGCAGCAAUGGCACAGCCACGAAAACCGCAUGAAUCAACUGCUGUGAACAAUGGUGGCUGCGGGUCGGAGCAUAGUUGCAGAUUAGUCAGUGAAUCUGCACUCAUGCAGCAUACUGAAUGGCAUGCUACACAUACCGGUGGAUGUGGAACAAGAGCACGACGACUACCCUGUUGCGUCGGAUAUUUGGAGGAUGAUGCCUCUUACCCAACAUUAGACUCGUACACUCGAACCGCAUCUAGCUUCUCGGGACACGGUGGAUGUUUCGCGUCUCCCCAUGUCAGCGCACAACAGCACAUCAGGUUUUGCUUGUCCUGUCCCUAUUGUUUGGCUUGUGUUCUGGAGUUACAUCCGGUUGGUCAGUACCUAGAGUUCCCAAGGCUAACUGAAGCUUGCGAAGAUCUCGUGGUGAAGGCACUGCGCUUACCGGUUCAGAAUAGCCUGAAGGAUUCUGAUCUACCAUCAGAUUUCUCAGAUCAGGGGUCUCAUGAGCGGACAAGGUAUAUCAGGAUGACUCCAAUCAGCUUAGCAGUCGGGCUUCUCCGAUGGGCUGAUUCUGCCCUCACCAGGCCGUCUCCGACCUCAUCCAGCGUUGAGUCUGUCGUGAUCCAACAAAACUCUACUGACACCAGGCAGGAGCGUUCCUCGUCGGUGAACACUAACGAACCUCGUUUACCAGCGACUGACACGAGUGUGAAAUCGUCUAACGUUUUCCGAUCUCCCGAAACACAAACUGAUGACCGUAGCAUGACUACACGUUAUCUGUAUCUCCAAGCCGUGCAGUGUCUACGUGAUAACUUCAUGUUUCUGGUGCGGACACCGCAGGUUUUGGGACGUCUUACACCGAAACAAUUCAGGGAGGUGCUCGAUUCUAGCCUUGUUCAAGCACCGGAAUCAGAAAUCCUGGCUGCUAUGUUAUGCUGGUCCGAACAACGAAUCCGGCACGCACAGGACAAAGGCACGUCUGAUGGUUCAAGAUUAAGCGACGGCCCAACAGGACCGAAUACUUCAAACAACAGUUAUCUUGGUCACCAGCUGCCACUCAUCU